CCGCAUCCGCACGUUUUCGAUUUUCCGCGUUAAAUUAAUCCAUCCCCCAUCCAUCUUUUCCUUCUUCAACGCAGAGACAGCUACUACUUCUACUAGCACUCAUCAUCCAUGCACUCCACCAAACCCUAUCCCUCAGAUUUGAUUUUUUUCACAUUUCGAUCCGAUCGAAGGAAUUCUAAUAUUCAAUUCUCUAGAUUUAAUUGAUGCAUUGUCUAGAGUCGACGGCGGCGGGCGAUUCUGAUUCGCCAAUUAUGAGUCGCUGCGGCCGAGUUGAGUGGAACGGGGAGAAGGGAGAACCGACAGAUACCGCCAGAGGAUUUCCGCCGCCGUUGCCAUGGCUUGCCCGGACUGAAAACACGUCGUCGUCUAGAAUGCCGUGGGUCCUGAAACGGCAUUACACGGAAGACGGGAGACUCGUCAUCACCGGCGAGAAAUCCGACCGCCACGAGUACUUGGAGGCCUACCGCUCCGGAAAUCGCCUCCGUCUACGCCUCGUGCCGCUCAGUGUCCCCCUCGUUGGCGACGAAUCGCCGCAUGAAUGCGCGGAGGAGGAGCAGGGGGGAUCGCGCGGUGGCGAUGGAUGUGAUCGGGCGGCGGAUGCGGCGGUACAGGAUCGAUCUGGAAUGAUGAAUGGUGCCGGAAACCUAAUGACCGACGCAUCCUGCGGCGGCGGCGGCGGGGGAAAUAAGAAGUGUUCGAAUUCGUUGAUUAUUGGCGUGGGGGUGACAGCUAUUGCUCCCAUAGUUCACAUAUGACGACUAAAUUACGUAAUUAAUCAUUUUUUUGUUUUAUACUCCGUAUUUGUCAUUCUUUAGAAAGAAGGAGAAGAUAUACACGAUUACCUUGGCUGAAUUUUAUAAAUUGUUGAAUCUUUCAUUGACUAAAUUAUUGGGUUUGAUGUUAUUUUUUGGGAAAACUAUCAAAUAAG